UGUCACUGAUUCACUCUGUCUCCUGUUGCACCACAGAAGAAGAGGAAGUGCGUUAACAGCGGAAGAAAAGGAAGUUCGGCUCUCAACUCAAAGUUAAAAAAUUAUCGAUUAGAGAUCGGAGCGGGAGUAGGAUCUAUUGGUCAGUGAUCGGAGAACUUCAGCGCAUCACUUCCUGUUUGGUUAUACGUGUGUGUGGAUUCUUUCUCAGAUGUAUUACUAUCGGUAUGAGAAUGCUGAGAUCAACUGCUGCUACAAAUACCUGAUGUUCAGCUACAACAUUAUCUUCUGGCUGGCUGGCAUCGCCUUCAUUGCAGCAGGUUUCUGGGCAUGGAGUGAGAAGGGAGUGCUGAUGGACCUAACCCAGGUGACCCGGCUGCACGGGUUUGACCCAGUUUGGUUGGUUCUGGCGGUCGGUGGCAUCACCUUCAUCCUGGGGUUCGCUGGCUGCGUAGGAGCGCUGAGGGAAAACAUCUGUCUGCUGAAGUUUUUCUCAGGUGUGAUUGGCUUGAUCUUCUUCCUGGAGCUGACGGCGGCAGUGCUGGCGGUAGUUUUCCAAAGUCAGGUCAGAGCGUGGAUCAAUGAGUUCUUCCUGGCAAACAUCAAGGGGUACAGAGACGACAUCGACCUGCAGAACCUCAUCGACUCUGUGCAGAGGAUGAACGCCUGCUGUGGCGCUCAGACCCCGCAGGACUGGAACCAGAAUGUGUACUUCAGCUGCGACGAGAAUAACCGUAGCAGAGAGAAGUGCGGCGUUCCGUUCUCCUGCUGCAUCCAAGAUCCUGCUGACUUGGUGAUGAACACUCAGUGUGGCUAUGACGUGAGGCGCAACCAGUCAGAGUGGAGUAAGCAUAUCUACACCAAAGGCUGCAUUGCGGCGUUGGAGGACUGGUUGCCGAGAAACCUGUACACGGUGGCCAUCGUCUUCGUGGUCAUCUCCCUGCUGCAGAUGGUGGGGAUCUACCUGGCCAGGAAUCUGAUCGCCGACAUCGAGAAAGUUAAAUUCAGCUACUGAAGCCUGCAGGGGGGUGGAGCUUACACCAGGUGUUACAGGACCAACUUUCUUCAGAUGUGCCUUCUUCCUCUUCCUCCUCUGAUUUCAUUGCCAUCGUAAUUGAAACAAGGCGUUCUGUUGUAAACAGAAAGAACGUACGACAGCACGGAAGCCACUUCCUGUUUGUGUGUUUGUUUGCUUGUUUGGGGUCAUGUGACGAAGCUCCACCCUAGGCUGCUUCAAUGAAUGUUUAGAAACCAGGGUGACCUUUGACCUACCGACUUUACCGCUUAGUGCCUCCUAGAACAGAGUUCAGGUCCUCUGCGGGCGGUCCGAGGAUCACCAGUACUUAACCUCCAUCAAUCAGCUGAUAAUUUUCUGAAUAAACAACUUCAAGUCUGUGACAUCAAAUGUGAUGUCAUCACAGAAGGCUGAAGACAAACCUGGGUAGGUACCACAGAAGAAGAAGCCUUAAAUUCAAACUGUUCCUGUAAAGGUGAUCAUGUGAUUAAGUCAACCGUUAGUGACACUGGAUUGCUGUUAACAAGCUUUGAAUACAUAAAGUUUUGUUGAAAAAAAAGAUUUCAGGACUUUUAUUGUUGAAACUUCCUACUUUUGUUUCCUGUUUUAAAGGCAUUUAUUCUGAAGGAGUGUCUAAUAAAGUGAAUUUUUACCUUUUUGUAUUUGCCAGAAUAAACAUUUGUUUUGUGUU